AACGAGAAUAGCUAAGAACAAUGAUGAUAUUUAUUAAUAUGGUGAAGGUAUAAUGAAUGGACCAAUGCAUUAGAUGGGGUACGCGGGAGGGUUGUCAGUGUUGGGAACAGCCACAUUCCCGCGUCACGUGACCGACGACCCCCCGCAUAGCCCAGCCGACGUCCUGCUCAGACGAGCGCCGUUUCCGAACACGACUGCGCAGCCAUCCACCACUAUUAUCACCAACUUUGACCACGGUUUUUAAACCUUUACCGUCACCAUGAUGAUUAACGAGAUGAUGAGUGACGCGAUGCACGCCAGUGACGUGUCGUCGGGAGACGAGGGCGGAAACUCGUUUGAUGAUUCCGGCCUGCUCAGCCCCAAUGAUAAGGACGACGUGACAUCCCAGUUGGCUAACGCAGGUCCAGUGGGCGUGGCCGCAGCUGCUGCCAUAGCAACAGGCAGGAAGAGGAAACGCCCGCACCAGUUUGAGACCAACCCCUCCAUCAGGAAGAGGCAGCAGACCCGACUCACAAGGAAGCUGAAGAACCUGAUCGAUGAGUACAUCAUCAGGGUGGGACAGCAGGCAGUGGUGCUGUGCUGUACUCCUGGCAAACCAGAGGGCACGUUCAAGGUGUUUGGGGCUUCUCCACUAGACAGUGUGGUGCGUAACUGUCGUCAGGUUAUCAUGCAGGACCUGGAGGCUGCCCUAGCCCAGCAGGCCCCACCCCCUCAGUCGGAGAACCCCCAUCUACACGAGCUCCCCCCUCUGGUCAUAGAGGGCAUCCCUGUACCUGUGGACAAGAUGACUCAGGCCCAGCUGCGUGCCUUUAUCCCCAUCAUGCUGAAGUACUCUACAGGGAGGGGGAAGCCAGGGUGGGGGAAGGAGGCCACGCGGCCCGUCUGGUGGCCCUCAGACCUUCCCUGGGCCAACGUUAGGAGCGAUGUGAGGACUGAAGAACAGAAACAACAGGUGUCCUGGACUCACGCGCUGCGUACAAUCGUCAAGAACUGCUACAAGCACCACGGACGGGAGGACCUGAUGAUGGACGCGGAAAUCAACUCCGGCACCGACAACCAGCAGGCGACGACUCAGCUCCAAGUGCACCAGGUCAACGGUCAGCUGAUGCAGCCCCACACCAUGGUGCAGACCAUCAACAACCCCGACGGGACCGUCUCCCUCAUCCAGGUGGACACGGGCGCUACUGUAGCCACCCUUACAGACGCCAGUGCCAUCACUGUCUCACAGCAGGGUGGUGACCUUCAAGGAGAGAGGAACACAUACACUUGGGUGGACGGAACUGUAUCCAGCCUUGUUGAUGGUGGAGCCAUUGCUGUCUCACAGCAGCCCAUGACUGUGGUCGCCCCCAACUUCCAGACGCUGAACACAGCCCAUCCCACGGUUACCAUAACAACCCAGAAUACACAGGCGGAGGCCACUCAGGCUGUGGCCACGUUGGCGGAGGUGGCAGCGGCUACACAGGGCGAGGCGGGACACGAGGGGCUGACCCAGGCCCACAUCACGCCGGUGUCUGUGCAAGUCCAGAACGAGGCUGCGGCGCAGGGCGUGGCCACGCUGGCGGAGGCAACGCUGUCGGACGGGAGUCAGAUCAUGCUGUCCACAGAAGGUGCGUUGGACGGGAGCGGUCAGGAAGCUGGAGGUGUUGUGAUUCCAGUGACGAUGUACCAAAGUGUUGUUAGCUCUGUUGCCCAGCAACAGCACCACCACCAACAACAGCAGCAGCAACAUCAACAACAACAACAGCCUCAGCAGGUGACCACAGCCGUACCUCAGGUUGCCAUGGUGCCUGAUUCCGUCAUCUCUGUGUCUGUCAAGCAGGCAAAUGAGUCUUCCGGCACGGGUGAUGUUCCCAUGGCAACGCACGCAGUGGAAGUAGUGACCCUCGAACAAGCUCAGCAGUAGGGACCAUUGUGAAUGGUCUCAUGCAGAGGUUUUCACAAAAGAACUUCUAUAUGAGAUCUUGUUGUAAGAUAUCUUAUUAUUAACACUGUUUUUUCAUAAGGCUACUGUUUUUUUUUCUUAUUAGUAAGCUGUUUAUUAUAUCUCGCCAACCUUACCUCAGAACUUAAUUGUUGAUUUCUGAAAGUUAUAACUGUCUCACCAAAUCUUAUCAAUUAGAAUAAUCAAUAUUAUUUUCUUGUAUGACAAGGCCAACACUUUAUGUAAAUAGUAGAAUGUGUUCUUUUUUCUAUUUUGAGGUUCUUUACAAGAGUGAUGUUGUUAGGAAAAGUUAGGAACUCCAGUGGGUGUCUUUUCUUAUUUUUUUCUCCUGCUAUUUUCUCAACUUGCAAAAGGUCCUUUCUGCAAUAUUAUAGUGCACAUCAUCUUGAGAAAAAAGAGUGAAGCAGUAUAUUAAAGCCUGAUAAAAGAUCCUUGAUUAAAGGUUCAAGGUUUUGGGUGGGGGGAUAUGUAUGAUAAACAAGAAAGAUUUUAACUGUUACUACUUGUAUGUGUAAAAUUCAGCAUUGUGUAAAUGUUAAGGCCAUGUGUACACCAAAAAGAACUUUGGUCUGGCACAGGUUUACAGAGUUUGGAAAGCAGAUGAGAGACAAAAAGUGUUGCAGUCAACCACUUGUCACCAUUAGCAACAAGAUCCUGAUAUUACUCUGUUUAAGCAUUUGGACUUUGUCAUAUCCAUUGCUCACUGUUAAUGUAAAUAUAACAGUCAAAAGUAUAACAGUCCACAAAGACUUUGCCAAUUAACUGGCAAGAUCUCUACUGUAAAUAUAAGACUAUUUCAUGUACUUCAGUGUUUCAUUACAUCAUGGAUCAGCAUUCAGCAAUGUCAGACUCAAAUUCACUUCUCACAUUUUUUGAUUGGCAGUAUACAUGAAGAUAAGAAGAUAAGUCAAAGUUACAGAAUUUAUAAAACAUUGUAGGAAAAGAGGGAAAAUACAUGAAAUAUAUACCCAUGUUCUCUUGUUAUAUAUGUAACCAUGUAUUAGUUUCUUGGAAAUGUAAGUGCCUAUGAUUUUUUAUUCUUAGUUCAUUAUAGACUUCUUGUAAAUAGACUGUAUGGGAAAAUGUUUUUAUUAUGUAUGGAACUUGUACAUUUAAGUUUAGGUAUUGGUAUAAUGUUACUGCAAAAUGAAUUUCGGAGAAAAGGAAUUGUUGGUAGGAAGGAAGAAAUGAAAGAUGUAAGCUUGUUUACUGCUGUAUUCACUCCAAUAAGGUCACGUGUUGAAAAUGCUCUGAGUCAAACCUACUGUAUUUCAUACAGUUCUAAAAAAGGCUGCUGACAGAGUUAGGUUUUGGAAAUAUAUGUUACUCCCUGCACGUGUGAGUGUUGGAAGUGUGGUGUAAUUUGAGAGAAUACUGUAUGAUAAUGGGCAUGUACCUGACCUGUUGUAGAUCUAGAAUGAUUUAGAAUCAGGUUCAAUGCAGAAGGAGUCUGGAUGGGGAUUUUGGUGUAGGAUGUUGCAACAUUAAACCAUAACAGCCCAGUAAAGCUUAGUAGUGUCCAGAAU